AUGGCGGACGAAGAGGGGGAGCAGCUUUUCAGCAACUGUAAAGUCUGCAUCAUCUGUUCAAAGGAUCUUUCUCAGGAUACGGCACAGCAGCUCGCAUCCAUGCUCGAAGAAAAUGGCGGAGAAUCGGUCAUCUGGGAACCUCCAUCUCCAUUCCCACCUUUGGAGGAAUUCUCCCACUUUAUCAGCUUUACUAUCGACUUUCCCGCUUUUGAUGCCGCCGCCGAUGCCCUGAAACCCGUGGUAAAACCCCAGUGGCUACGCGCGUCUUUGGAAAAGAAGAAGGUGGCCAAUCCCCGCCAAUACAGCCCCGACCCGCGCCUCUUCUUGAACGAUGUGGUUGUUACCUGUGGUGAUAUUCCGGAGGGCGAUAAGGAUGCUAUUAUCGGCGGGGUGCUGGCGAAAGGUGGAAUCUACAGCUCCAAGGUGACGAAUACGGUUACGCAUUUAGUGGACUUGACGGCGGACUCUGAUAAGGCUCGGAUUGUCUUGGGCAAGAGGCCGAACGUGAAAGUUGUGUUGCCGCAUUGGUUCGAUGACUGCUUAAAGCUCGGAAGACGUAUCGACGAACGUCCGUAUACUCUCCCCGAUCCGGAAAUCCUACGUGCUGCCCCCAAUGCGCCAAUUCGCUCAUCAGAGAACAGAGACAUCAUUGGCGCAUCAACACCUGCCCCUUCAACCUUGCCUACCCCUGUCGCGUCCCCAGACACGCGACUGCAUCUUGACUUGUUUGGGGGUAAAAACAUCAUGUUCUCGAAGGACCUUGGUAUUGGCUCGCAUCUUCGCGAGACGAUUGAGGAGAUCAUCACGGAAGGCGGGGGUUACAUAACAUCGGACGUUUAUGAAGCGGACAUGUUCAUCUGUCGCUACAGAGAAGGGGUCGAAUAUCGCGUUGCGUCGAGGUUGAACAAGGAAGUCGGAAAUCUGGCCUGGCUCUAUCAUCUUAUGACGUACAACACCUGGACCUCACCAAUGCGCCGACUGUUGCACUACCCCAUCAAUCGUACUGGUAUUCCCGGAUUCAAGGGAUUGAAGAUCAGCUUGUCCAACUACAUCGGCGAAGCACGAGUCUACUUGGAGAAUCUCAUUGUUGCGACGGGUGCGGAAUGCACAAAGACACUGAAGCAAGAAAAUACCCAUCUCAUUACUGCCCACGGCCACAGUGAGAAAUGCACGGCAGCAAGAGAAUGGGGUUUACAUGUGAUCAACCACCUAUGGUUGGAGGAGAGUUAUGCGAAGUGGAAGUUACUACCGACCUCGGAACCCCGCUAUACGCAUUUCCCCAGAAGGACCAACCUGGGCGAGGUAGUUGGUCAGACGAGGGUAGAUCGAUCAGUUGCCGAGAGUCUCUUCUUCCCAUCUUCGGAACACCCUCAGGAACAGACAUCGAGUCCACGACGGGCUAUGCAGAAUGAGAAUCAGAAUACCACAACGACCUCUGCUCCCGAAGAGUCAUCGGAGAUGGACAUUGAUCCCCCGGAGCCAGCAAUCGCUACGCCUCGAACAACCACGUCACGGAAGAACUUGGAGAACAGCAAUAAAAAGCUACAGACACCCGCCAGCGCACGACUUACCUCGGAGGGUAAGGAAAACGAAACGCCGUCGUCGACGAGCAGCCGGAAGUCCAAGGACGCCGCUACUGCCAAGUUGCAUGGAUAUGCACCUGAUAUUGCCUUGUACGAAAAGGAGAUGAAACGUGUCGGCGGUGUAAUUUACGGCGGUCGCAAGAAGACGGACGAGGACAGAGUACAGCUGGACAAUCGCAAGAAGCGCAGAUCAGUGGACCCUCAAGAGGAAAGCGAUACAGAGGACGCUAUGGAUGCCAAAAGGCAAAAGAAGUCGAAGCCUCCUGUUGCCAUGCAUCUGUUGAUUACUGGGUAUCAGAAGUGGGUAGGAAACUUGAGGAAAGAGGAUGCGGAUAAGCGACAACUUCGAGACCUUGGGAUCUUGGUUGUCCAAGAUGCACGAAAAUGCAGCCAUCUCGCCGCCCCGUCUAUUCUUCGAACCCCCAAAUUUGUCAAUGCUCUAGCUUACGCACCGGUCAUUGUCAACAUUGAGUACAUCACUCAGUGCCUGAAGAAGAACGAGCUCCUGGACCCCAGAGACUUCGAAUUAGUAGAUAAAGCUGCUGAAGAGCGGUUCUCCUUUUCGCUCAAGGAAGCAGCCAUCAAGGCGAAGCAAAACAAAAACAAGCUUCUGCAAGGCUACAAUAUUUAUUGUGUCGAGAGCAUCCGCGGAGGAUUUGAUGCGUUCAAGUCCAUUGUUGAUGCGAACGGCGGUAACUGCCUUCUGUUCCGGGGACGUGUUUCGCACAAGGUACAGCAGCCGGACAGUGAUGAUGAGAGCAGCGAUGAGGAGCCAAGUGAGAGGGAAGUUUAUCUGCUCAGCAGCGUGGCUCCUGAGCACCAAAAGCUAUGGCCACGGUUCCGCCAGAUGGUGGAAGAGAUUGGCAAGACACCACGGAUUGUGCGUGUGGAUUGGCUGCUGGAUAUAGCUAUGUCGCAGGAGCUGCAUGUAGCAGACACUUACGAAUUGGACGAAGAGACGAUCGAGAAGAACUAG